AUGUGGUUACACCCAACUCGCAGUCAAUCCUCCCUCCAGAAGAGUGGAUCGCCCUGUCCUAGCCAGGGGAAAGCCGCCUACUUUCGUUCCUUUUACGUCAAUAUUACUCUUAAUAUGCACUUAAUUUUGCAGUUAAAUGUUUCGUUGUUUAUAAUGAACAAUAUUUGUCUCGAUUUGUACCCAUCUGUAGUACCUGGUCGAGGCAGCUGUCGCCGCCAAGCGGGACAGAACAGAGGGCCGCAUGGUCGUGAUGGAGAGGGAGUAAGUGAGGUAGACGUACCCCGUUCUGCUGCGCCUGCAGAUGCAGGUGAUCCGGUUAAUAGACCACCUUCGGAAUCAUCUGAUGAUGUUAUCAACCUAGCUACACCAUCUGCUGCUGCUGCUGCUGCUGCAUCCCCGGCAGUCUCUCCUGAUGCCGAGAGUGGUGCUGCAGAUGGGCAGACUUCUGCGUCCGUAGAACAGGAGGAAUUCACCGUGAUGCUGCCUCUUCGACAAGCUGUAAAGACCAAGGAAUUCUGGUAUGAUAGAGCACUAGAGGUGGUGGUGAUGGCCCUCACGGUGUAUAUUGUCUUCUGGGCAUACGGGAAGAUGGGUUGCCCCUUUAAGAAAUGGCCUUUAUGCCUCUUAGUACAGGAUAGACGCAUGCGAAUUCCCCACGAUGAGGAAGGAAGAUAUGAAGAAGAAUACUACGACGACGAAGACGACGACUUAGAGGAAGAAGAAGACGAUUUGCAUUAG